AUGCUGGCUGUUCACGCGAGGAACGAGGAGUCCUCGAGGAGGACGAGGAGCUACAACCACAUUCUUCAGCAGUGCGCGCGAGAGCGGGACCACAAGAAAGCCACCGAGGUGCUGGCGGCCAUGGCUGCUGCCGGCAUCGUGUGGGAUGUGUACACGUACAACGCCGUGCUGAACUGCUUCUGCCACCCGUCAACUCACAAGUUCCAAGUGUACCCCAUGGAGCUGAUGGGGGAGAUGAGCGCCAAGGCUGUUCGACCGAAUGUCAUCACCGUCAACACGGCACUCAAGUACUUCGUGCUCAGGAAGGAUCUGGACGGGGCGAUGAAGCUGGUAGAGGACAUGCAG